AGUAACACCCGCAGAGAAACCAAACAAGGAAGAGAGACAGAGGGAGAAAAAGACUGAGCAGACUGCGAUACUCAGCAGUAGUGAUCAUGGACAAAAAGCAACGAGUGACAGACUGCUUUCAGGUAGUCAGAGAUGGCAAAAAGAGGAUGACAACCCCUAACAGAGGAAAACCAGCUGUGCAUGCUAAAGGAAAGCCAGGGGAGCCACCAACCAAGCAAAAGUCAGAGACAAACAGUUUGUCUGCCUUGGAAAAAUUGAGAGAGUUUGACCUGAACUGGCACUUUGGACCAUGCUCAGGUAUAACCAGACUGGAGAGGUGGCAGAGGGCACAGGAACUCAAGCUUUCACCACCUGAAACUAUUAGGCAAAUACUCCUGAAUCACCCAUCUGACCCUGCCUAUCAAUACAGUUUGUGGCAUGCAUAUAACCUUUAAGAACGGACAAUGACAUCAUCAGGACUUCAUUGCUCUAACAUAUAUCACAGACAUCCAUUUUGCUCUACAAGUUUUUUGUUUCUUUAUUUUCUUCCAUAUCCAAAAGAGACCAGUAAAUCUUUAAUUAACUACCAGCGCCAAGUGCUAACCCAACAAACUUGGACACUGCAGGCAGACAGGCGUAACCAUAAAAUUGGCGCAUUAUGGCUACUUGGAUGCAAGGCCGCAAGACCUAGCUUUUGAAUUGACCAUCAUCUUCACGCUGUAUAACAAACAAUAAUUCGUCAGGAUUUCAUGGCUCCAGGACACAACCCAAGACAUCCAUUUUGCUCUGCAUUACAAGGAUACUGGUAUCCCUUGCCAGGAGUUCAGAAGAAUAAGCAAUAUGACAUUCGUAUGGCUGAAUGGAAAUGUCGUGAUAAUGGUUUGUCUAUUAUACUGGAUAUUUAUUGCAAGUCUAUAGUUUGACUCCAUAGACCGAACAUAGAACCGACUGGAAAUAAGAGGUCACUAUUUUACCCUUUGUUUUAAGUUUGCUCCAGGAUACACCAGGGUUAGUUUUUCAGUUGCUGUUAAAACUACAAAUUGUCACAGCCCUCA